AUGCCGCCGAGUCUGCGGCUGCUGAAUGGGAAGAUCAUGGAGCUGUCACGUCAUAUCCAGGACCUCGCGAACGAACUGCUGAGCGAGAUUCUAUCUUUUGUGCUGGACCCGGACUUGCGGAUUCAGAACGAUUCGUCUCACGGGAACGGACGCAAUGGCAUUGACAAGGGUCCCAUUGAACACGGAGAAGCGUCCGAUCUCGAUCGCUGGAGACUGGUGUGUAAACGGUUCAUGCGCAUCGGCACACCGAGGAGGUUCUCCCGCUUCGUCAUUCGAUUCUCCGAAGAUGGUUUCCGUCGAUUGGAUGAACUGCUCAAAAUGCAGCUAGCCUGCUAUGUGAGAACGGUGACAUAUCUCGUGCGACCCUUCUAUACAGGCAGUGAAUGGGCAUCAAUACUCCAAACACUACGCAGCUCGAACCAAUCACUUGCCCAACUCCACGCCCACCGUCUACGCGAACAGACCAACCUAGUAGAAACCGACCACGACCUAACCCAACUCCGCCGCGCCAUCACCGCCUUCUCAGCUCUUCAAGAAAUCAAGCUCCUCCGCCUCCAAGACUCAGCGGACGAAGAACUCAUCGACUUUAUUCACAACUCCACAAACACAAACACACGCGCAACUCACUUCAACUGGGAACGCGCCUGCUCGCGCGCAGUUACAAGCCUAGGAAUCGCCCUCCUAGACUCGCACUGCCCAGCCAUCCGCUUCAUAGGCCCACAAAUAAGCCCCGAGGCCACGCUGCAACUCCUCAAUGCGCCAUCAACUACAUUAGCUGCCAUGGGCAGCCGUCUUACGAGUCUAGACAUCACUUUCCAUUCCAACACAGAUAUCUCCGCCACAAUGGCCAAUCUGUCCGAUGUCUUCGGCCCCUUUUUCGCCGAAGCCAAGAACCUCGUCUCUAUCCAUAUCGGAUUUCCUCCAAAAUCACCCCUAGACCUUGACGUCGAUGCUAUCUUCCAUGGUAUACGCUGGAAAACUCUCCGUACGCUUAGUCUACAAGGCUGGCGGCUCGCGGACCAUGAAAUUAUUACUCUGGCGCGCAGACACAGGCGCAUGUUGAGAGAAUUCCGAUUAUGUGCUGUGUAUCUCCGGCGCGGAGGGCGCUGGAGUGAUGUAUUAGCCGUGCUGCGCGAGGAAAUGGAGCGCCUAGAGAGGGUUGAGUUGAGGGAGAUCGACUAUGCGGAUAACUUUGAUGCUCUGGCAACUGCCAGCGGUGUAGAAGUUUUUGAUGGGCCGCUUGAUGCUCCUCUUCUGUCUUCGCUUUCUGUUGCUGCGGGGACUUCUCCGCCGGAGAUGCGGCACUCAAUGUCUGAGGGAGCUACAUCAGCCCUUUUGCGUGGGCGGGUAACAGCACUGAGAUCUGGGAAUUUGGAGAAACUACGCGCAUUGACGAUUCAAGACCUGGACGAUGAUGGUGUGCAGGUCCAGAGAGAACAGAUAGGUCUCUGGGAAGCUUGGGUUCGGUCGGGACUCAAUAGGUUAGCGAACGGGCAACAUUUGCAUUCGCGAAGUGUUUGA